CGCGCACGCCAGCGAGCCCUGGCCCGGCCUGCACACUUCCCCCGCCUAUAGCACCGGCCGCGCUCCCGGAACGUCCGCCUUCGGGCCCUGGUUGCGCGGGGGGGACCGGCGCAGCGGCGGACCUGGCUCCGGGCAGUCCUCCCCGAUACCACAAUGGCUGCUACAGUGAACUUGGAGCUUGAUCCCAUUUUUCUGAAAGCCCUGGGCUUCUUGCAUUCAAAGAGUAAGGACUCUGCUGAAAAGCUGAAAGCACUUCUUGAUGAGUCUUUGGCCAGAGGAACUGACUCAAGCUAUCGUCCAUCUCAGAAGGAAGCAGAGCAACCAAAAGUAUCUGUUACCAAACCUAUUUCCAGUAAGCAAGAACCUAAAGCUUCUUCUACUUUGCCUUCUGGCAACAACAAUGGCAAGCCCACUGCAUCAGAAAAGGUGAAAAAAGAAACAGAAAAGAGAUCUGCUGAUAAAAUAAAAGGGGAUACCGCUGAAGGAGUCGAUGCACCAAAGAAGCCCAGACUAGAGAAGCAAGAGGCUCGUUCCUCUCCUAUUACAGUUCAGACAAGCAAGGAUUUAUCCAUGCCUGAUUUAUCUAGCUUUGAGGAAACCAGUGCUGAUGACUUUGCUAUGGAAAUGGGAUUAGCCUGUGUUGUUUGCAGGCAAAUGACAGUUAUUUCUGGGAAUCAGCUAGUGGAGUGUCAGGAGUGCCAUAAUCUCUACCACCAAGAUUGCCAUAAGCCUCAGGUGACAGACAAGGAAGUGAAUGAUCCUCGACUUGUAUGGUAUUGUGCCCGCUGUACCAGGCAGAUGAAGAGAAUGGCUCAGAAGACACAAAAACCACCUCAAAAACCAGCUCCUGCAGUGGUUUCUGUUUCACCAGCUGUGAAAGAUCCAUUGGUCAAGAAGCCAGAAAUUAAGUUAAAACCUGAGACACCACCAACUUUUCUAGCAUUCAAGAGAACAGAAGUCAAGACCUCGGCAGCAAUUUCGGGGAACUCGGCCAGUACAAGUGUUUCCUCUUCAGCAACCAGUGGCCUUACAGGAUGGGCUGCUUUUGCAGCCAAAACUUCCUCUGCCAAUCCAUCAACUGCCAAAUUGGGAUCAACGGCACAGAACGCCAGUGGGAAACCUGCAGCUUCUUCAAGUAACCAGAAACCUGUGGGUUUGUCAGGGCUGGCAACUUCCAAAACAGGACUCGGGUCAAAAAUAGCUUCUGCCAACAACAGCACAAACCCUGUUCAGCUGAAACCUCCUCCACCUCUGACACUGGGGAAAACCACCCUUAGUCGUUCGGUAAGCAGUGACAAUGUCAGCAAAGUAGGUCUUCCUAGUCCCAGCAGUACUGUGCCGAGCACCAGCAGCCAGGUGAGCAGUGGGAAUGGCAACAGUGGAACUGCAGGUAACAGUGGUGGCAGCACAAACAAAACCACAGCAGAUACUGGUAAUCAGUCAACCUCCUUAAAAGGUCCAACUUCUCAGGAAUCUCAGCUCAAUGCUAUGAAAAGGCUACAAAUGGUCAAGAAGAAGGCUGCUCAAAAGAAACUCAAGAAGUAGUAUGGCUGCUUGCUAAUUUUGUUAGUUGUGUUCUGUGAAACAGCAGCGUUGGUGUUUUUCUUAAAGAAAAUCCCCUGGUUACUGGACUGAAACAGUAGUUAAAUCAGGGAAGCCCAGAACUGAUGUUAUACAGGAGCUCAAACUUUGAUAAUCCUAGUAUUCCUUCUGACUUUGCAAAUCUAUAAAUUGAAUAUGUUGGAGGAAUUAGCUAUUAUAUGCUCCUGUUUUUUAUCUCAAAGCACUGAAACUUGAAAUUGUAAAAGCUGGGUAUUUUGGACUAGAAAAAAACCACAGAUCUAUGUGGAUACUUAAUAAGUUUAACUUACUGAAACUGUCAUUCUUAAACAUUAUUAAUAAAAGUAUUAGUAAUCUGGGAAA